AGCUGCUAAACUGAAGGCUCUUGGGAUGGAUGUGAAUGAAUCCUUUUUAGUUCAAUUUAUUUUGAACUCCUUGCCUCCUCAAUUUGGAUCAUUUCAAAUUCACUAUAACACUAUUAAAGAUAAGUGGAAUGUGAAUGAAUUGACCAGUAUGCUUGUUCAAGAGGAGACAAGACUUAAGCAACAAGGACAUCAUUCUGUCAAUCUUGUAAGUCAUGGAGCCAAGAAGAAAUGGAAGAAGCCAAGAAAGGGCAUGAAGAAUGGACCAUCCAAGGGUAAAGAGCCUCAUCAUAAUACCGAGGUUCAUAAGAAGAAACAAAACAAAGAUAGAUAUCAUUUUUGCAAGAAAUUGGGAUACUAUCAGAAGGACUGCCAUAAACGCAAGGCAUGGUUUGAAAAGAAAGGGAUUCCUUACAACCCAGAUGCAAAAUCCAAAUGAGAGUUUU